AUGCCCCAACACUCGAAACGUCAACCAACAGACCAGUCCGAUCUAAAAUAUAUCAUCAACCAUGUGUUCUGCCCCCUCAAGUUGCCGCAAGGCAGUGAUCAUUCCCUCAAGAACGACCUAGCCUUAGCUCAGGACGUUGUGGAAGCUGCUCUCGCCUUCAGCAAGCAGCUGCCAUCCGAUAAGCAGCUCCUUUGGAUGAGGAGCUUGAAAAUGCUUCAGAACCUUAGAGAUUCAAUUCGGUUUGGUGCGAUGUCUGCAGAGGAAGUCGGAUCUCAAAUACGCACUAUGGAUAAUCAAGGUUUGUUAUUGUCGUUCCGUUUGUAUCUCUUCCAUGCUGAGUAUCAAGUUGCAGAUGUCCUUGUAUAUAUGAUUCGCGCACAAAACGCUGCGGUGGUCAUGAGGAAACUCAAAUCCGAGACCAUAUUUGAAUCAUUUGAGGUCUCUCCUGACCCCACCGCAGUGAUGGGCGCAACGGGAAAGCUAAUCUGUUCAUAUCCUGGACCUGCUAUUACAGUCCCAGAUGUGAACAUCGAUAAAUCUACCUUUUCUGCCGAGCUGGCAAAUUUUCUCGUUUGCAUGGACCAAGAUGUCCUUGAUGCGGCACCGACCACGAAAAAGGCCAAAUCCAUUGUUUUCGAAGAGAGGGACACAACACAUCCUCGUUACAUCACGGAACUCCUGACCGGUAUACUACGUGGCCUCGGGAGCAUCGCGGAUGUUCCUCGCAUCCGCAAGCGUAUCGGAGAUGAUGUACUGUGGGACAGCGCGGAAUUGCCGUGGAGGCGGUCUCCACUUUGGCUUGUUAUUCGCGUUGCCUUACAGACAACUCUGGAGCGCAGUGCUCUCGGACGAACGACGUAUAAAUCGUUCAUGUUGUUCUUCAUGACGGAGCUGACAACCCUCGCCCUCAACUAUGACUUGUCGAACGACAUAUUACACUUCAUGUCGGCAAAGAUUGCACGCCGCCUUUUCAAGCUUGGAUCAUAUGCUUCUCCGGAGUUAUCGCGGGUGGUUAGUGUGGUCACCAGCGACGUAAGGAGUAUCCUUGAGAAAAGAUGGGAAUUUGUUCAAGAUUCGCAACGCGUCUCUCCUCGUUGGGCUCCUGAAACCCUCCAAGUCUUGCAAGAUACACAUCUUUCUUUGAACUCAAGCCGAGCAUACCUGUGUCAUGCUUUACAGAAUCAGCAUUCAUCCCCCCAAACAGCCUCAUUCAACCCCAGCCACCACAUACGCGGGACAAUCGAACAUUUUCUUGACGCUGAAGCUAGCUUCCUGGUAGCCGCCCAUGCUGCGGAACCAUCUCUUGCCCUUACAGACUUCGAGGAUGCCGUUAGAUCAGGAAUUGACGAAUGGGUGGCGCAUGUUUCUCCUGAGAGUGUCGAUUCUGCAUGCGUCUCAAUCGAGGCGUGCGCUUCUGCAUACUCCUCGAGGGCGCUGAAAGCUUACCGUGGAAACCCGGAGAAUUUGUCGAUCAUGCUUCUCACACUUUUCGAGCUCUGGGUGGCCAUCGAUAAGAUCGCCGUUAGACAAAUCCCAAUGCUGGCAGAAUAUUCCCCCGAAAUCCCAUUGAUCCUUUGGGAGUGUCUGUUAAUUCGCAAAUCUUCAGGCCUUAACCGUCUAAAGGAGUUACGUGCUUACCUUCAAGGUCGUCAUCGCCGGGUUUCAAGCUGUCCGCCUACCAACAGUACCAAGUCGCUCGCAGCGCGGUAUUUUGAGCAGUCAUCCGAGCUGCAGAGUUUGAAGUUGGCCAUCGAGGCGGAUGCUCAGAACGAGCGGGAGAAGAAGUUGAUUGAGCUUCGGACCCUCAACGAGAGGCACAAUGACAAAGCGAAGCUCGCAGAAAGUUUAUCGCACACUUACAAUAUCUCCUCACGCGGCAAUCGAAAUCAUAGCAAGCUGAAGCACUGUCACAAGUGUCGUCUGGAAAAGGAGGUGCGGUCGAUGAAUAUCACGGUUCACGAGUGGCCACUACCAGCCUGUGAAAAGGAUGCGAUCGUGGUGGUGUUUGAGCUAGGAUGCCCCGUUGCGUUGGCCAUGUGGAGAUCUACGACAUUCCAUAUCCUCGUUGAUGUAUGUACUCCACAAGAAGAAAUUCCAAACACACGCGCCUUCAUAACACUGCCGGACUAUCGUCCAUUACAGCGUUAUCACCAGCGCCAUCCAAGGCAGAGGUUGACUUUGGCGUCGGACGCCAAACCUUUCGCACAAUGCCAUUACAAAAACACUCGCAUUCCCACGGAGAAUGUUGACAGCGUCUGCGUGAAUAACGGGCUUGUAUUUCAGCCUUUCGAUACAAUCACAGAUACAUGGGCCGCCAAUGUACUUCAGCGCGGCGAUUCUAGCAAGUCGUGCACUUUCCUCCUUCCCAAAGGACCAUAUCAUGGUCUGCAGCAUUACCUCGCGGGAACAUCCCAUACAUCAAACGAGGUCAUAGCCAAUCAGGCAGAUUGUCACAAGGAUAUGACUAUACACGAAUUCAUCGCGUUCGGAGCCUUACGGAGUGGACCCCGUCUACAGUGGAUGAAUGUGCUACGAGAGCUCCGCGCGAGGACGCUCAAUUUUAGAUGUGAGGAAGUCCAUUUACUAUUAGCGCAAACUGUUUCACAGGUCGGCCCAUUUUCGUCCGACGACGGCCUCAUUUGGCACGAGGAGCUGAGUAGAGUGCCAUUCCUGAGUGCACUACUUGGAGAGUUGGAGGAUUUGGUGGCGAGCGUCGAAGGAAAUUGGUUGGAAGGUGUCACGAUCAGCACUAUCAUCAUGCUCGUGUGCCGUGUCUUGUCCUCGACUCAGGAAGAAAUCAUCAAAAGUCGUGGAUAUUCGCUCCUUCGAAGGAUACGAACUGCGACCUUUACGUUGUUGACACAGCUAUCUGGAAAAUUGCAAGCCAGCAGUGACGAGACAGCCAGUCGGGAUUUACAAGGACGUGUUCGUGAUAUGGCAGUUACCUGUCGUAGCACGUUCGAUGUCGACGCUUCGCUGCUUCUGAUGUCGCAUGAUGACAUCAAAGUAUUUGUAUAUUGUGCGGUCAUGAUUCAUGACAACUUUCCAAGCCAACUGGACAAUCUUUCACAACAUUCCAAGCUACUGCUCGAGCGAGACAAGAGAUGCUGUCAUGCAUUAGAACCUGUUAUUCGUCAAUAUGCAGAGCUCCACGGCGAGGGUUUUGAUUGCGUGAUGGCAGAGAUUUGGGGCAGCUAUAGACAAGGAACUCCUUGGAGAGCAUUGGCGGCUCCGAAUUCUCGUUGGCUUGCAUCGCAGACUGCGCCUUCGGGUUCUCAAUUACCGCAAGCUGUGCACUUCAAUCUGGUUAGUGGGUGCUUGCUUAUUGACGGGAAGCAGCUGGGUAGGCUCCCGUCAAUGAUAGUGCAACAUCCUACCUACCAAUCGAUGUUCGGUGAUCAAGUUCUGGACAUUGUUCCAGCUGAUAUUCCUGGAAUGGAGUAUGCGACGCGCGGGAACCUCUGUGACCAUCAGGUGUCUUUUGCUCUCUGCGACUCGAAUGAUCUUGUCAUCCGCGCAAAGCAUAUCGAACAAGGCUCACCUACCCUCCAGCUUAUUCCAAGCCAAAAAUUUGUGGACGACCUACCGUCUACCUUGGUGCUGGGCCAUAUUCAUUGGCUCAACCUGAGCACGAGCGAAAUAGAGAUUCGGCCAGCAGAAAACGCGUGGAAGUCUUCACCUGAAAAUUGGGUCCUGCGAUUUACUGUUUCGGGCUCCUCGACGCUGCAGAAUGCCAGCGGUGCCACUCUUGUCGACAUACACAGUCAAACGUGGGACAUGAUCUCCAAGAGAUUGCGUCCCCUGGAGGACACCUGCUAUAUCAUGGUCAUGUAUAACGAUGCAUCCAGCCCUCCCUCGUUGAAGGCUGAUUUGCCUCGAUAUGGUCUCGAGUUCUUCAUCGACGAGGCAGGAGAACUGCAGUCCCGUAACCUGCGCAACAUGGUUGUUGAUGUUAUUCAGUCCACUGGCACGAUGUUGGGACUGGUCAAUCAACUUAUCUUGCGUCCUAAGUUACAAAUUGCAGAUGAACAUUCACGUAUUGUCAUCAUCCCCGACGGUCGUAUUUCAUAUUCUGCUCACGGUGAUCACGUUCGCGUUACCAUCACCCCUGAAGGCACCCGAGUGAUGUACAACCUGUACAGAGUUGACACAGACCUACGCUGUCUCACUGGGACCGUAGGUCUUACGAGUAAGCUCUAUCAGGCGCUCCUCCACGCUGUGACCAGCGGAUGUCUCCCUGAUCCCCUGAUGGGUCGAACUGGGACAGAGGAGGCGUUGCAUCUCUUGCAUUCUGCAGCUUGUCGGUCUUUCAUGAAGCUCCGCCCUCGCGACACAGAUAUCCUGCGCGAGAUCAGUUCACUGUCAACUAGGCGCGUCUGGUAUCCCGCUCAUCUUCAGAAGAUGCAGACAGUUUCGUGGUCGUGCCUUUCGCCCCUCACACAGCACCAUGGGUUUCAUCCAGCUGCGAAAUCUAUCAUGGACUAUGGCAUGCAACUUUCCACUUUCGCAGAAGGGUCUUCAAAUCUCCAACUUACCUUUGAUCUUCCGCCAUUCACCAAACACCUUCUCGAGCGUGCGUCCAUUCGUGCCUCGGCUGUCUAUCCCGACCAGUUCUCUCUCCCGCUUCCGGUCGGUGACACAGAUGUCAUCUACGCUUCGCGCGAUGUUCCCGACAAACUUGCGGAAGAGAGGGCAUGCCAAACCGCCUUCAUGGUGCACCAAUGGCCAAGCAAACUUCCAGUACAACGGAAUCUCCUUAGUUUGCUGACGCAGUGGGCGGAUAUCCAGGGUAUAGACGAGUCGCUCAGCUUGCGAUACUCCAAAGACUGGCUUCAGCCGACAUUUUCCGACGUCUUCCUUUCUGCGUACGACCGCUGUCGCAGGGCUACAAAGAAAGACAUGUCUCAGCUGGUGUUCACUCUGGCUUCGGUAUCAUAUGGCUCCUCCUCAGACAAGCACGCGCUCGUCCCAACACUUCUGGCCUUCGCCACAGUUCCCGAAAUUCGCAAUCUAAAUCACCCUCCGAAGUUCACCUCCUACGAUCUCACAGAUGGUUUCAUGCCGUCCGAUAAGAUAUUGAAUAAUAUCAUCCGUUCAUGUACCAGAGAUUAUGAGACCAGCGAGGAGAGAAACCUAGAUCCAAUGCCCGAGGAAGAUGAAAAGGCUCUGGGAAUACGUCGUUAUUCGGCUUUCGAAGACAAGUGUCACUCUGAAAAACAAGUCAUUCUCAGCAAAGUUCGGGAUGCUUGGCCGUGCGAAGAUCCUCCUGCACUUGAUACACUCCAAGCGAACUGCUACGAUCUCGAUAAACUGUCGGGGAAACUUUCCCCAGUAUUUUGUAGCUGUUGGCGAAACCAUUGUUUAGAGCAACACCUGGUUGACCUUCAAGGGACCCUCAAACGGUUCUACGAUGUCAAUCCUCCGUUAAAAUCGCCCUCACAAUAUGAUCUCGAUUCCUGUCUUGAAGUAUCGGUUUCACCAUCCUCAUUCGUUGAUGCCCGGUACCUUUUCGGUAGAGAUGCGCCUGUUCUAUACACGCUUGGGUCUUCUCAAAUCCUGCACAAUUCCAGUCGUCGGAGAGAUUUUAUAUCUCCAGACUCCGGAGUCACAGCGAGGUUGCAGCAGCUGAUCGAUGGCUUUCGCGACCGAGGAAGGAACAAUUUCUUCCGUAAAUACGCUGAUGAUCUGGAUCAGAGCAGGUCGAUGUUCUGCGAAGAAAAGCUCGUUGUUUUACCAGAUGCUACAGCGUACACGGUGGAACUACUGCUUGAGUACCAUUCCCUCCGUACCCGGCAAUUCCAAGAUUCACUCGCAACCAUCAUGCAUACCCUCUCCCCUGCUUCAGCUGCUGAGAACGCAUUGUUCAGUGCUGGGUUGUGGCCUCGAGUUACACCAAGCUUUCUCUUCGCUCGGAUGGCAUCUGUAUCCGGGAAUUGUUUGGGAAAGGCAUGGCAUACAGCUCUCGUGCGCCUGUCCAAGAUACUUCUCCAAUUGCAGCGCUCGCGAAGGCUGUUAGUCCUUGCAGCUGAUAAAAACUGGGUCGAGUUCUUCAAGGAAUUGGAGAGCGAAGAAUGCGAGGGGCACGUUAUUGAGAGUCAGUUCUUGGCACGGCCUGUCCAGGUCAGGGUUGCGCGGGAAAUGAUGUCGCCAUCCACAGGACGAAAUACUUCUCUCCAGCUGAACAUGGGCGAGGGGAAAUCCUACGUCAUUGUUCCCCUCGCAGCAGCCGCACUUUCUGAUGGUCACAAACUGGUUCGAGUAAUUGUUCUGAAGUCGUUGUCAGCUCAGAUGUUCCAGCUUCUGGUUGAACGACUAAGCGGCCUUGCGCAGAGGCGCAUUUUCUACAUCCCAUUCUCCCGCACGUCAUCUAUCAACUCAUCGCAGGUGAAAAUGUAUCGUGACUUGAUGCAAGAAUGCAUGGACACGAAGGGCAUUUUGGUCGUGCAACCAGACCAUAUUCUGUCGUUUCAGUUGAUGGCUGUCGACCGUCAGCUGUCCCUUCAGACUGAAGUCGCUGAAGAUGUGUUGCGGACUCAGCUGUGGCUUGACAAUAACACGCGCGACAUCCUGGACGAAAGCGAUGAAAUCCUGCACGUCCGCUUUCAGCUGGUGUACACUGUCGGUCUCCAAAGGUCGCUUCAAGGUCAUCCCGAAAGGUGGACGACUACGCAACAGGUGUUCAAUCUCGUCGCAAAGCACGCCGCUCGGCUCGAGAAAGAAUUUCCCUCUCAUUCAGACGUUUGCACUCGGGAGCACGGAGGGGUCCCCUUCGUUCGAGUUCUCCAUCCAACAGCAGGCGAAGAAUUGGUGCGAUGGAUCGCACAAGAUAUCACCAGUGGUGGACUCGAAAACCUAAGCUUCGACCAAGCAUCUCCACCAGUGAAGCAAGCUGUCCGUCAGUUCAUCACAACUGAGAAGAUUUCCAACGACAUUAUCAAUUUAGUGGAGGGUCGCUAUAGAGAUACUAUCGUCUGGCCCGGCCUUCUAGUCUUGCGAGGAUUGCUGGCAUAUGGUAUUUUGGUGUACGCCCUCAAAGAACGUCGCUGGCGCGUGGACUAUGGCCUCGACCCAAAGCGAACGAUGUUAGCCGUUCCAUUCCGCGCCAAAGAUAUGCCCUCACUGCGGGCAGAGUUUGGCCAUCCGGACGUUGCUGUCACUCUCACAUGCCUGUCAUACUACUAUGCAGGUCUCACGCUCCAGCAGCUCAUGUUGUGCUUCGAGCUCCUGUUGAAGCAGGAUAAUCCCACCCUCGAGUAUGAAUCUUGGGUGCUUGGACUUCAGUCCGUCCCAGAAAGCCUCCGGCGCCUUAGCGGAAUCAACACAAAAUCACCAGAGCAGCUUCGCGACCUUCAGCAACUCUUCGGAUUCAAUAAGGCAGUCAUAGAUUUCUAUUUGUCUCGAGUAGUUUUCCCCAAGGAAGCGAAGGCAUUCCCGAAUAAACUCACCUGCUCCGGGUGGGAUCUCGCUCAAGAGAAGAGACAUUUCACAACUGGCUUUUCCGGCACCAACGACAAUCGUUAUCUACUGCCAAGCUCGAUCGUACAGCAUGACCUUGAUUACCAGCGCAGCACAAAUGCCCGAGUCCUAGCAUUUCUUUUGCGCCCAGAGAACAAUUGCUACACUUGCAUACCACCCGGCCAAAAUGUGAAACAUUUCAUCGAUGCCCUUAUCGCACAAUCCCCCGAGGUCCGCGUGCUCUUGGACGUGGGAGCGCAGAUGCUGGAAUUGAGGAAUCAUGAAUUGGCUGAAGCAUGGCUUCGAGCGAAGCGUGACGUCCAGGCUGCAGUGUUCGUGAACGACGAUGAUGAACUUGUUGUUCUCAGUCGGGAUGGGACAGUAGAGCUUCUUGUGUCAUCCCCCUUUGCCCAGCAGCUUGAUCAAUGCGUGAUAUAUCUGGAUGACGCGCACACUAGAGGAACGGAUGUCAAACUGCCUUCCAGUUUCCGAGCUGCUGUCACGCUUGGCCCCAAAGUCACGAAAGACCGCCUGACGCAAGGAUGCAUGCGAAUGCGGAAGCUGGGCAAUGGGCAAUCAGUAAUGUUCUUCGCUCCGGCGGAAGUUGACCGGAGCAUUCGUUCGGCGACUCAGAAAGUUGAUACCGAUGGUGUCGAUGUGGCAGACAUCCUGCACUGGACGAUGCUCGAAACCUGUAUUGAUAUCCAGAUGCGUGCAGUCCACUGGGUUCAACAAGGAUCAGAUUUCAAUACAAGACACUCCGCAUGGACUCAAUUUUCGCGCGCGCCCACUACUUUGGUUCCCACUCUGAAGACAGCCUGGUUGCAGCCAGAGGAGCGUUCAUUAGAGGAUAUGUACGCGCCAUGCAGUUCCUCACCGGUAUCCCAGAUUUGCGACCCAGACAUUCAACGGAAGUACGAGGAGCUCGGAGUUGUAGCGGGACACGCAAGGAGCGUGGAUGAGGAACAAGAAAGGGAGGUAGUCCACGAGGCAGAGAAAGAACGCCAAGUUCAAAGACCCCCCAAAGUAAAACCGGCAGCUCAAGACCUGCAUGUGCACGUUCGUCGAUUCAUCGAGACGGGCCGAAUUCCCAAAAAGUCCCGCGCGUUCAUUCCAGUGUUGUCCAGCCUUGGCAACACCACUGCUGUGUUUCAUGAGUGCAAUCAGUGGGCACGAAAUGUGUCAGUCACCUGUGACUUCGCUCGUACGGUGGAGACACUCUCUGCUCAAAAAAUGGAUGACUAUUUGCGGCCCGUCAAUUGGGUUAUAUCCAGUGACGUCGGACCCUCCCCAGUACUGGUAGUCUUGAGCCCGAACGAAGUGAACACAUUGUUACCUGUCAUCCGCAGAAACAAUGUAGUUCGCCUAUGCAUCUAUACUCCUCGCACCACACACACGAUGCAAGCGUGCGAUAACCUUCGCCUCUACUGUGUUCCUUCGACACCACAGCGGACAUCAUCGGAAUCGCUGAUUUGCCAGCUCAACCUUUUUGCCGGCCAACUCUAUUUCUCCAGCUAUGACAUGUAUCUCCGCACAUGCAGCUUCUUAGGUCUCAACGCACCGGAUUUGGGGGACGAGGACUUGAUAGUCAACGGCGAUGGGUUCAUCAGCAAGGAAAAUCGCCCUUCUGCGAGAGCAUCGUGCUCGUUCCUGCAAUCCCAGCUUCCUCCGCUGAGGGAGUUAUUCGGAAUGAGGAGGAAAGGCAUGGGGUAUUCGCCAACUCAUCUCGGAAAGAUGCUCAAUGGCCGCAUUCUGAUUGAGGACGAUUUUCUCGACUUUACUAGUAGCGCCGGGUCUGUGUAG